AUAUAAACAAUACGUUUGUUUUGCCGCUAUUUUAUGUGUGAAAAACCCUUUUCAUUGUUGACAACAAUCACAACAAGCAAUCACUGGACACACAAUUAUGAGUGAAUCCGUGGCACAAGACGUCGACAACGAGACCAAAUCCGACAGUCAUCGGGAACGCACUGAGUCUGAAAGCAAUGAAUCCAAUCCUGACAUACACUUUGAUCCCAUAAUUCAGUUACCAUUAGUGGACUUUCAGACGCUCGAAGAAAAUGAAGAAGAAGUGCUGAAACUUCGGGCCAAACUUUACCGAUUUGAUGACUCGGAAGAGACGCCGCAAUUCAAAGAGCGCGGAACCGGAGAAAUCAAGAUUCUUAAACACAGAGAGAUUCGCGCCGUAAGGAUCUUAAUGAGGAGAGACAAGACUUUGAAGUUAUGCGCCAAUCAUUACAUUAUGCCACAUAUGGAGCUUAAGAAUCACCAGAACAGCGAAAAAGUGUUUGUUUGGAACACUUUCGCCGAUUUGUCCGAUGAAACACCAUCUACCGAAACACUGGCCAUUCGUUUCGGGAAUAUUGAGAACGCACAGAAAUUCAAACAAGUGUUUGAAGAAUGCAAAGAAUAUGUUUCAGAAAAAGUUGAUUACGAUAUCACUUCUGAUUUGAGCAAAAUUAGCUUAAUUGACAAACAAAACGAUGACAACACACAUGAGGAAGAAUCAGACAAUGUAAGUGAUAAAGUGGUCAAUACUGACACAAAAGAUGAAAACAAAACAAAAGAGGAGACCAAAGAAGAAGUCAAAGAAAGUAAAGAGUAAAUCAUGUAAACGACGAGUUUAUAAGUGAUUUAUAUAUUACUUUCAAAUCCCUAUAUUUUAUGCUAAUUUUUCUCAAUUUUUUACAUUUUGUUUGAAAUAAAU